AUGGAUGGUUCAAAAAUUAGAUGUCCAUGUGCAAAAUGUGAUAAUAACAAAUUUUUUUCUCCUGAUACGGUGAAAGAGCACCUUGUGAGAAGGGGGUUUACCCCAGAUUACUAUGAUUGGAGAUUUCAUUGCGAUGUAGAAGCGUCGUCCAGUUCAACACCGGCUGAAUCUAUGCAUUUCGAUCCAUCAUCGGAUCCAUACCAGCAUAUGGUAUACAAUGCGUGGGGACAGACAGCCAGUCACGAGCCUCAUCAUUUCCAAGCGCAACAUUCCGAACAAUAUGUCCUGCCUGCUUACAUGCCGGAAUCACCCACUAACGAGUCGCAGCAGUUCUAUAAUUUAUUAGAAGCGUCUCAGGCUGAUUUGUGGGCGGGUUGUGAUUAUUCUGAGUUGUCAACAAAUGCUCGACUGAUGACUAUGAAGUCUGAACAUCGAAUGUCUCAGCGAGCUAUUGACGAAUUGUGCCAAUUUAUGGAGGAACGCUUGCCGAAACCAAAUCGUAUGCCUAGUAGCUUUUAUAAGUGCAAGAAACAAAUGCAGACCUUAGAUAUGCCGGUUCUCAAGAUAGAUUGUUGCAAGAGAGGGUGCAUGAUCUACUGGAGGGAAGACGAGAACCGAACUGAAUGCAAAGUUUGUGGUCAGGCCAGAUUUAAGGGUAAUGGCACAAGUCCACUCAAACGGAUGUACUAUUUCCCUUUAGGCCCAAGGUUGAGGCGUUUGUAUGCAUCCGAAAUUACCGCUCAAUCCAUGCGAUGGCAUGCAGAGCACAUCCAGACUCCAGGAGAGAUGUCUCAUCCGGCAGAUUCUGUAGCCUGGAAAACCUUCGACAAGAUACAUCCUUUCUUUGCUUCUGAAUCAAGAAAUGUCAGGUUAGCACUUAGUACUGAUGGAUUUCAACCAUUUGGUCAGACCGGUUCGCAGUACUCAUUAUGGCCAGUGAUUUUAACUCCAUACAACUUGCCUCCAUUGAUGUGCAUGAAAGAUCCAUACAUGUUUCUCACAGUGAUUGUGCCCGGUCCGAAGAAUCCCAAGCAGAAUAUUGAUGUGUUUCUACAACCCCUGAUCGCAGAGCUCAACGAUUUAUGGACCGAAGGAAUCCCUGCAUAUGAUAUAUCAAGAAAACAGAACUUUCAGCUACGCGCAGCGUUGAUGUGGACUAUCAGUGACUUCCCUGCGUAUUCAAUGUUGUCAGGGUGGAGCACAUCUGGACACCGUGCGUGUCCAUAUUGUAUGGAGGACUCGCAAGCUUUCUCCUUGAAGCAUGGACGGAAAACCACUUGGUUUGAUUGCCACAGGAGGUUUCUCAACAGAAAUCAUCGAUUCCGCAGAGACAGAAAGAACUUUAGAAAGAACAUAACCGAGCAUUCUGGUCCUCCUCCAUUCUUAAAUGGAGAACAAAUACUUGAUCAUCUGGAACAAUUUGAAUUCAAGAGAGUAUUUGAUGAAGAUGCGGAAAUAAACUCUGAGUUGAGCAAGAUUUUUGGGUGGAAUAAACGAAGCAUAUUUUGGGAUCUUCCGUAUUGGAAAACAAAUGUGAUUCGCCACAAUUUGGAUGUCAUGCACAUAGAGAAGAAUAUUUUUGAUAAUAUUUUCAAUACCAUUAUGAAUGUAGAAGGCAAGACAAAAGACAAUGCUAAUGCAAGAAGGGAUUUGGAAUUGCUUGGUAUACGACCCGAGCUUUGGCCACGUGGCGGAAAAUAUCAUAAGGCUGAUUACACGCUUGACAAAGAAAGUAUGGAAUUAUUGCUCAAGUGGCUACACAGUUUGAAAUUUCCGGAUGGUUAUGUUUCCAAUCUAUCAAGGUGCAUUGAUAUGAAGAAACAUAAGUUGUUCGGCAUGAAAAGCCACGACUGUCAUGUGUUUAUGCAACGAUUAUUACCAAUCGGACUCCGUGAGUUACUUCCACACAGAGUAUGGGAACCUUUGACCGAGUUGAGCAAUUUCUUCAGAGAUCUUACGGCUACGGUGAUAAGGGAAAUUGAUAUGACAAAGUAUAAUGAGUCGAUUGCAGUUACUUUGUGCAAGCUUGAGAUGAUAUUUCCCCCGUCUUUCUUUGACUCCAUGGAGCAUCUUCCAAUCCACUUACCAUAUGAGGCGUUAAUCGCAGGUCCGGUGCAUUUUCGAUGGAUGUAUCCAUUUGAGCGGUACAUGCGCAAGUUGAAGUUAAAUGUCAAGAACAAAGCUGCAGUUGAAGCAUCUAUAUGUAAUGCCUAUUUGACUGAGGAAGCAUCACAUUUCUGCACUUAUUACUUCGAGUCACAUGUCCGUUGCCGAGGUAGAGAUGUUCCUCGUAAUGAUGAUGGCGGAGGUUCUAUCCACCCCAAAGAUAUGCUUCCAAUUUUCACAUAUGAUACGAGAUGUGUUGGGAAUGGACGAACACGAUUCUUGUCAGAAGUGGAAUACAAAGCGGCACAAACUUACAUAUUAGUUAAUACUCAGGAAGCAAAGGAAUUCGAGCUUAUGUUCAUUGCACAAUUGCGUGGGUGGCAUCCGGGAAUAACACCUCCUCAGAUAGAGCAACAAUUAGAAGAUCAUUAUGCAUCAUGGUUCAAAGAAUAUGGCCGUAAUAACUUGCCUCGUGAUAGUCAUCUAUACUAUCUGUCGCAAGGACCAUUAACUGAGGUUACAAGUUACAAUGUUUGUUUUGUCAAUGGAUAUAAAUUUCACACAGAUUCCUAUGGAAAGAGUAAAUCUACAGUCAAUAGUGGGGUAUGCAUCAGAGGGUCGAAUUACAGCUAUGAUGAGGAUGACUUCUACGGCAUUUUGAAAGAAAUUGUGGAAGUGGAAUAUCGGGCAUUACCAAUAAAGAAAGUUGUAUUGUUCAAUUGUGUAUGGUAUAAUCCGGCUCCAGCUCCACGCGGUGGUACAAUUGUUCAUCCAAAGUACAAAAUUGUUGAAGUGGAUAUUCAGAAGGAGUACCCAAAAUACGAUCCCUUCGUCUUAGCCAAACAAGCAUCACAAGUUUAUUUUGUACCUUUUCCGAGCAAGAAAAGAGACAAGGCGAACUGGCGGGCAGUAUUCAAAGUUCGAGCAAAGAAAUUUUAUGCUAGUUAUGCCACCACAAAAGAGAAAAAUGAAGAUGCUGCUUUUCAACAAGAUGAAGUAGAAGUUCAUGAAAUUUCUGAUGAUAAUGCAUAUGGUGGAAUGCAUGGAGGUGCAGUUGGGGCUGUUGCUGAGAGGGUUGCCAUUGCUUGUGCUAGAACAGUAGUUGGAGACGACAAAGAUCUCUUCCUUGGAGAACUUGGCCUCUCAUAUCUCUCUGCUGCUCCACAUAAUAGGGAUUUUGUGAUAAUAUUUACUUUUCAGAUUCUUGCUUUAUGUGAUGAAAUUGCUCUACUACAACAAAGAGCUAGGCCCAUAAUUAUUGAUCGUGGACUGCAUCUCUCAAAGAAAUCUGGUGUUUUCAGGGCCAAAGAAAUCCGGUGUUUUCAGAUUAUUCACUGCUUGUGUGAAACUGUAGUUAUUGCUGUGGUUUUUGUGAAUUUGGUCGAUUCCGUGUGA